CCUUUCCUUUUCGGCCGAGGCCUCUCCGAGCGGUGUGCGCGUGAGGCGAUCGGGAAGGCCGCGCAGCCUCCCCCGAGUUUCCCAUGCAGGAGACCGAGGAGAGCUUAGCGGCGGCCGCGGCCUCCCCUUCCGACGCCCUUCCCGCCGACGCCGAGGGGUCCGGAGGCGGCGGAGGGAGUAGCACCAGCACCACCAGCAGCAGCAGCGACUCGGAGGCCGAACGGCCGCCGGCGGAGUCGCUUGAGGGGCGGGAGGCCCAGCCGGACGGCAAACCCGACGCCGACGAGGCUGAGGAAAAGAAGGAGGAGGAGGAGGAGGAGGAGUUGGGGAAAAGCAGCGGGGGCGAAGAAGAAGAAGAAGAAGCCGGAGAGCCGCUUCCUCCCCCUCAGGAACCGCCGCCGGCGGUGAACGAGGAGAAGCCGCCGUCGCCGUCGCCGCCCGCCCAAGAACAGUCGCCGGUAGCCGCCGCCGCCGCCUCCGAGGAGCCGAGGGAAGAAAAGGCCGAGGAAGAAGGAGAAGAGAAGGAAGAGAAAGAAGAGGAGGAAGGCGGAGGAGGAGAGGAAGGAUCCGAGGAGGAGGAGGAGGAGGAAGAGGAGGAGGAAGAAGAGAAGCCGCCGCGGGACUCCUCCGAGCAGGAGGAGGAGCAGCCCCAGCCUCCCACUCCCCCCGUCCUCCUCCUCCCGCCUCUGGGCCAAGACGAGGACGAGCCCUCCUUCAGCGACCCCGAGGACUUCGUGGACGACGUCGAAGAGGAAGAAUUACUGGGAGAUAUUCUACAAGAGCUCCCUCAGGAAGCAGAUGGAAUUGAUUCUGUGAUUGUGGUGGACAAUGUCCCCCAGGUUGGACCAGACCGCCUUGAGAAACUGAAGAAUGUUAUCCAUAAGAUUUUCUCAAAGUUUGGGAAGAUAACCAAUGAAUUUUACCCGGAAGCUGAUGGCCUGACUAAAGGGUAUAUCUUCUUGGAAUAUAUGUCUCCCACUCAUGCUCUGGAUGCUGUCAAAAACACAGAUGGUUACAAGCUGGACAAACAACACACUUUCAGGGUCAAUCUUUUCACUGACUUUGACAAAUACAUGACAAUCAGUGAUGAGUGGGAAAUUCCAGAGAAACAGCCAUUUAAAGAUCUCGGGAAUUUGCGCUAUUGGUUGGAGGACGCAGAUUGUAGAGAUCAGUAUAGUGUAAUUUUUGAAUCUGGAGAUCGAACCUCUAUAUACUGGAAUGAUGCAAAAGAUCCUGUUACAAUUGAGGAGAGAGCUCGAUGGACAGAGACCUACGUGCGCUGGUCUCCAAAGGGGACCUACCUGGCUACAUUCCAUCAGAGGGGCAUUGCUCUGUGGGGUGGCGAGAAAUUCAAACAGAUCCAGAGGUUCAGCCACCAGGGGGUGCAGCUCAUUGACUUCUCACCUUGCGAAAGGUACCUGGUAACGUUCAGCCCCCUGAUGGACACCCAAGAUGAUCCUCAAGCCAUCAUCAUUUGGGAUAUCCUGACUGGACAGAAGAAACGAGGGUUUCAUUGUGAAAGCUCUGCCCACUGGCCCAUAUUUAAAUGGAGUCACGAUGGCAAAUUCUUUGCCCGGAUGACAUCCGACACCCUUAGCAUCUACGAAACGCCUUCCAUGGGCCUCCUGGAUAAGAAAAGUUUGAAAAUCACAGGGAUCAAGGACUUCUCCUGGUCCCCCGGAGGAAACAUAAUCGCCUUCUGGGUCCCCGAAGACAAAGAUAUCCCAGCGAGGGUGACCCUGAUGCAGCUCCCCUCCCGGCAGGAGAUCCGGGUGCGCAACCUGUUCAACGUGGUAGACUGCAAACUCCAUUGGCAGAAGAACGGGGAUUACCUCUGUGUGAAAGUGGACCGGACCCCGAAGGGCACCCAGGGUGUAGUGACCAACUUUGAAAUCUUCCGCAUGAGAGAAAAGCAGGUUCCCGUCGACGUGGUGGAAAUGAAAGAGAGCAUCAUCGCCUUCGCUUGGGAGCCCAAUGGAAGCAAGUUUGCUGUGCUGCACGGGGAGUCGCCCCGGAUAUCCUGCUCCUUCUAUCAUGUGAAGAACAAUGGGAAGAUAGAGCUCAUUAAAAUCUUUGACAAGCAGCAGGCAAACACGAUAUUCUGGAGCCCUCAGGGACAGUUUGUGGUGCUGGCCGGUCUCAGAAGCAUGAAUGGUGCCUUAGCAUUUGUGGAUACCUCUGACUGCACCAUGAUGAACAUUGCUGAGCACUACACUGCCUCGGACGUGGAAUGGGACCCCACCGGCCGCUUUCUGGUGACAUCUGUGUCUUGGUGGAGUCACAAGGUGGACAACGCCUACUGGCUGUGGACUUUCCAGGGUCGCCUCCUCCAGAAAAAUAACAAGGACCGGUUCUGCCAGUUGCUAUGGAGACCCAGGCCGCCAACUCUGCUCACCCAGGAUCAGAUAAAGCAAAUCAAGAAAGAUCUCAAGAGGUACUCUAAGAUAUUUGAACAGAAGGAUCGCCUGAGCCAAUCGAAAGCCUCCAAGGAACUGGUUGACAAACGGCGAACAAUGAUGGAGGACUUCAAAAAAUACCGCAAGAUGGCCCAGGAGUUGUACAUGGAGCAGAGGAACGAGCGUUUGGAGCUCCGAGGAGGAGUGGACACAGACGAGCUGGACAGCAACGUGGAGGACUGGGAGGAAGAGACCGUUGAAUUUUUUAUCAAUGAAGAAAUCAUCACGGUUGUAGAGGCAGAGUAAUCCCAAAGCCAUGGCCACCACGGAUCGUCCUGAGAAGAGAGCUGUUCCUUUUCAGGAGGUCUCCUCAUCUUUGGAAGUUUUUUAAAAUCCGUAUUUUUUUUUCUCCUCUCUGGACGGUGACCGCACAGGAUCCACUCACUCUGACAUGCUGUAGUGCCUUUUGGUCCCCGACAUCAAUUGCUGGGCUCCCUCGAAAGGCACUGCUUUUAAUUUUGUAUUUCUUUACUGAAGGGGGGGAGGGGAGGGAUCAGUCCAAUUUUUAGCAAUCUACCACUGGAAUCCGCUGCUGCUGCUGCUGCUGCUGCUAAAAUGCUCCGCGGAGCACGAGGGGGGUGGUGUGUCUCCCCCCCCCCUCCAUCCAUCCAAAGGCGGCAGCCUUGAAACAGUUUCCAAGAUCUCUUUUGAGUGCGGGAAACUCCAGCGCUUCUGUUUUGCCCAGGACGGUUGCUGCGUCCCACACCGACCGGGGGGGGGGGGAGGGGGGGGGGGAGAGGGUUGGUGUGAACCCAGAGACGGGCCAGCCAGGAAGGCUCUUCUUUCCGGCGUGACUGGUUGCGUUGAAGCCGCACCGUCGUGGACUCUCGACUCCCCCCUAUUCCGAUUGUGACGGGAUCUCUCCACGCGUCGAACCUUGGAAAUAAAGCAAGCCAACAUGCA